UUUUGACAGUCAGAAAGAUAACAUGAGUAAAUGUUUUUAUAUAUUUUGGUUGGCACGUAAUAUUUAAAAAUUUUAAAGUUAUGGGUGGCAAAACGAAAAACACGCAAAGAACCAAAAACAAUGUCAAGCCAUCAAGUAGCAGUCGCAGUGCUGAACUAUUGGGACAAGUACCCAAUUUUGUUGGAUUUUCUGUUCAUUCAGAACUAGGUUUGGUGCCAUUUGCACCAGGCUUUACCACAACUGAAAAUCUAACUGAUUCAUUUGAAGCAAAUAUUAGUCCGCAACUUCAGAUGAUAUUUCGUAAAAUGUCAAAGAAAGAUUGUCUCACUAAAAAAAAGGCACUUCAAGAAUUUAUUGAAGUAAUUAAUACCUCAACGGAUGAUGAUGUAAAACUUAUCUUACCAGUGUGGCCAAAAUACUAUCAAAAUUUAGCAGUCGAUACGGAGCAUAACGUUCGUGAACUAGCGCAAACUGUUCAACAAUUAUUAGUAACAAAGUGUAAAAAAAAUGUUGCACCAUUCUUGAAACAAUUAGUGCCGAUAUGGUUAGCUAGUCAUUUCGAUAACUAUGCACCGGCAGCUAGUAUUGCUAGCAAUAGUUUUCGUGAAACAUUUGCUGCGCAUACCAAUCGUGUACAGGAAGUAUGUCUACAUAGCCAAAAAGAAAUUAUGGAGUAUACAGUAAAAAAUCUAACUUUUCAUACUCCUGCUACAAUUUCUAAUGGUAAAACCUUACAACCGGAAGAAGCUGAACAAAAAUAUCAAAGGAUAAUUAUGUCCAGUUUGAAGGAGCUAUCUUUUUUUAUGGAACACACACUGAAUUCAGAUUACCAACCACAAACUCUUACAAACAUGGAAACAUUAAUUACACAUCAAAAAUUCUGGUCAUUUUCUAAACACAAAGUAGCUGUAAUAAAGGCCGCUUGGUUUGAAUUUCUUUAUCAUUGUUUGCAAUCUAAACAAUUAUCGGAUUUUCUGCCAAAAAUAAAAUCGCAAGCAAUUAAUAUUACUUUUCAAAAUUUUGAUGAUUGUGAUCCUUUAGUUUCUCCACAUGUAUGGGGUUGUAUUCUGUUAGUGCAAACAACAUUUUCUGAUUGGCACAAAGUUACGAAUUUUCAGAAAACAAUUCUACCCAAAUUGUCUUUGUUACUACGAAAUGGAUUUAAACAAAAUGCAGAAUCUAUAGCACCAAAUAUGUUACCAUUUUUAUCACAUCUGAUUCCAGAGUGUUUCCAAGAAAUAAGUUUGUAUACUUUUUAUAAAAAAAUCUUCGAAGACAUGAAAACAUAUAUAAUGCAAGAAAAAGUCUCUUCAAAAGGCAAUCUGAACGCCGUAUUUAAAGCGUACUUUGAAUGCUUACGUUUUAUGACACAAAAAAUUAGCGUUGAAGAGCAAACAGUCGAGCAGGAUGUAUUUAUAAAAAAUUUGGUUAUAGAUUAUGUAGUUGAACCUACUGAAUAUUUUUUAAGUUGCGACAAUAACAGAGGCAAUAACUUUUUUCUGCACACAUCUAAUUUCAUUGCGUUUUUAACAGAGCGUCAAAUAAAUAACACCACUUACCAUGAACAAUUACUUCAACAAUUUUGGGAAAGUUUAAAUGAUGUGAUUAUUAAAAAUAUGGAAAACAAUGCAAUUGAAAAUAAAUGUUUGGAGAAUACUGUUCAACUAAUGAAUCAUCUUUAUUCAACAAAACCAAAUCUCGGAACUCAAAAGGUUAAGUUUGUUGAAGAAUCUGACACUACUAUCAUGAAACUAGACCAAGAUAAAGAAGCGAGCUCAAUAGAUUUCAAUUCAAUUAGAAUUAAAUUAAAAAAGUUGGUCUCAAAGCUAAUGAGUUUUUGCAUAAAUAAUGUUAUAGUAGAAAAGUCUUCAGCAUAUGUAAAUUAUAUGCGUGAUUUUACAAAGCUAUACUCGGAUAAAGAUUUUUAUAAAAGUUUAACACCUGCUGAUGAUCUAACAUCAACAUUAAAUUUACUUUUAAGUACAAUUGAUCUAUUAGAUGACAAUGCUUGCGAUAAUAUGAUUGACUUAAUUUUUGAAGUAUUACAACUAAUUGAAAAAUUGGAAUGUUUUGAAUUUAUUAACAAGCACCUUUUAAAUAUAAAAAAUCCACAAGUUAAAAAGGCGGUAAUUCAGAAAUUACUUUCGUAUCCGAUGUGUAUUGAACCAGAAGUACGUACAAUAUUAUCAGAACCUGCAGUUCAGUUAAGUAUUGAAUAUAUUACACGUGAAGUUGUUAAUGGAACAGUAGGGAAUUUGAGUUUAUUGAGUAAAUGUUUUUUCCAAACUAAUGAUGGAGAAAUACCUAUAACUUCUGCAACAGUGGAUUCUAUUUUUACAAUAUUAUCAGAAGUUUUAACAGCCGAAGAUCUCAAUGAUGAUGUAGAUUCAUGUUGUAGUUUCAUUGCACAAAACAUGAGUAUCAUUUGUAGUCAUGCCUCAAAAUCAGUUCAAGCGGAUGUGUUUUUAAAGCUCUUCAAAUUUACACUAGAGCGUUCAGCAAAUGAAUUUAUAUCUGAAGAUACACUAUGGGAAAUAACAACUUGCUGGCAGGAUGCUUUAUUAACUCAAGAUAUUAUUAUAGAUGAGCAAAUUUUAAAUGAGUGCGGACAUGCAGUAAAUCAAAGUCUACUUUUAGAUGAUUUCAGCCUUAUUUCUGUAGAAAAUAAAGCUACGACAAUUUCUCAAUUUGUAUUAUGUUUAAUAGCAAAAACCACCAAUAAUCAUGAUCGUAACGAAAAGGUAGAUGGUGCUUUGAGUGCCCUCUUACUUAAAGAUCAAAAGACAAUAUUUAAUGUCGCAAAACUAAAAGAGUUUUGUUUAUUUAUUGAAUGUAUUAAACGACAGAUAUCAACUGACAUAACGCUAUCACAAAGCUCUGUCGAGGAUUUUGAUAUGAAGACAAUUUUUGAACGAACAUUCCUUAAUUUUGUAACAAUAUAUAAAUUAGUCUGCAAAGAAACAGAAAAACAGCACGUAGAAAAUGAGUUAAACGAUGACGAUACAUCAGGAGCAUACUAUGAUCCAACUAAAAAUUUGCUCACACAUUGGUCUGAAUUAUUAUUAACCCAAAUACUUAAAAGUAUUUAUAUUGCAGGAAUUGGUGAUAGCUUAAUAAGUAAUACUAAUUUGUUAGAAGAUGAGUUAACAACGUUAAUGAUUGCUUUAUCAGAAAAAGUAAAAUUAUUUAUGGGUAGUGAUUCGGCAAUAGUUAACAGGGUAAAAGAACUUAUUAUGGAAGAAAUAAAUAAGGAAACAGAUAUUUCACCAUGUCGCUCUCUGAAGUUUUUAAUUUAUUAUCAACAAUACGCACAGUUUGAAGAAAAUUCUACAAUAGUACUAUCUGAAGAUAUUUCUGACAAUUUUAUAGCAAAGGAUAAAUUGAAAGCUUAUUUGAAUUGUUUGCAAUACCUAUUACCCGAUUUAUCUCAAAGUACAUUUACAUUGGAAAGUCCUAUUAUGCAAAAAGUUCCAUCGUUAAUGUGGAUUAAAGCAUCAGUUUUUCGAUGUCUUAUAAAAAAUAAUUUUAGUGGUGAAUACAACAAUAUAUCAGAUAAUAUAAUGGUUACAGCAGUAUUGCAAAUUGUUAACGAUAUAUCAGAAAGACAACAUACUCAAAAAGAUUUGUUACUCUUCAACAUGCCAAUUAACAAACAAUUGAACUUGGUGGUUAUUGAUACAGUCGAAUAUAUAAAUUUACUUUCGGAAAUUAUAAGUAAUUUUUCACAAGUUUUAACGAUUAAAAAUUGGGAUGUAAUACGCAUCGGAUUAAGCUCUUGGGUACUUAGUGUUGCAAAAUCGGUCGAGUUUUAUACUGAUCCAAAGACAAUUUUAUUUAUUGUUAGCGUGUAUAAAUUAUUUGCUGCUUUAACGAAGUUUAUUAACUUAGAGAAAACGAAAAGCUCAUCUGAAGUGCUGCUUAAAGUCAUCGAUGAAUGGGAAAAAGUUUUUAAACGUGAUGUUAAUUUAGUUUUAUUCAAAUCUUUUUAUCGAUUGUUAAAUAAACAAAUAAAGGAAAAUGGUAUGAGUUUUCUAUGUUUUGUUUCGGUAAUGGAUGAAAUUUUACCUGCUAUCGAACUUAUAGAUUACAGUGAAAUUUUCAAAUUUCAUGAAACUUCAAAAGACAUUAGCUUGGAUGAAAUAUUAAAAUUUUUAUUUGAAAAUUUGAAAAACCCUAUUAAUGCUGUUAAAUUUACUUCAUUAGAAGUAUUGAAGCAAUUAUCAAUACAUUUUAUUUCUGAAGAUACCACAGCAUUAGAAAAGAAAAUCGAUUCAUGUGAUGAUCAGACAUUACCUCAAGGAUAUUUUCUUCAUAGAUUUGAGAAUUAUAUCAAACAAUUUCAAGAUUCUAUACAAAAAUACACAAAUGAAUUUAGUUUUAAACUAACUGAAAUAGAAGAUUUCGAAGAUAUUGACGUUCAUGUCGGACUCCCAUAUCUCUUACUUUGGGAUUGUAUAAUUCACAUAUGUGCAACUUCUUCUUCACCUUUAAGAGCGCAAUACACAAAGUGGAUAGCGGAUAAUAGAUACGAGGAAAAUAUAUUACACUUUCUAUAUCGUGCAAUGCCAGAGGAUAUCUUAAAAAAUUACGACACCAGAAAAAAUAUAACGUUUAAUGGAUUCAUGAGCUUUGACUGGACUGAAAAUAAAGAAAGAAACUUCAAACUAAAAAAAUAUGCUUGCUACUUGUAUGUUGAGUUUUUACGUAAACUACCAGCAGUUGUCAGAAAGUGGUGGAAUUGUUCUCCGCCUCGACCAAAAAGUUUCGUAGAUAAACUAACAACCAACUAUGUGUCUGAACAAAUAUGCAAAGAGGAACUCAAAGCUAUCACACACCUAAAGGAUAAACAUGAAAACAUGCAGGUAACUGUGCACUUUUCAACCCGGGAAGUCUUUGCUAUUUAUUCUAUCGAUGAAGUUAGAAUGGAAUUGGUUAUAACACUACCAAUAAACUAUCCACUAGCUAGCGCAAAAGCUGAAUGUGGUAAGCAAAUUGGAGGUCGAGCAUCGCAACGUAAUAUUGGUAUGCAGUUAACACUUUUUAUGACAGCUCAGAAUGGUCGAAUAUUUGAUGGUUUAACCAUGUGGAAAAAUGAUUUGGAUAAGAAAUUCGAAGGAGUUGAAAAAUGUUAUAUUUGUUACAAUGUCAUACACCAGGAUACUUGCCAAUUGCCUAAAUUAAGAUGCAAGACUUGUAAAAAGAAAUUUCAUGGACCUUGUUUGUAUAAAUGGUUUACUACGAGCAGCAAAUCUACGUGCCCUAUUUGCAGAAAUGUGUUUUAAUAUUUGUACUUCCAACGUGUAAUUAAAAAUAAAUAAAUUUAAUAAAU